AUGUGGAAUAGAAAUGCAUCUGACUGGGCCCUGUUGUUGUUAGGUUCGAACACGGCCAUGGCGGUAGGCGGUGCGACCCUGGUGCAUUGCGGAGGACCUGGAGGGGAGGACCGACCGGCCCACCUUGCCAUUCCCUCGGGAGCCCUGGCACCCUCGUUGAACGCCGCUCUUGGCUCCAGCCUGAAUUCCAGCCUGAAUUCCAGCCUAAAUUCCACGUUGGGUAGCAUCGGUGCGGCGGCGAGCGCGGCCACUGCUGCCACGGCCGCUGCCACUGCCGCAUGGCCGCCAACCUUAUGGCAGUACCCCGCGGCGGCCGCGGCUGCUGCAGCUGCAGCUGCAGCGAUGCCAAUGGAACCAGUUGGUUUUCCUCAAAUGGGCGUUGGUCUUCAAGGUGGUUUACAAUUGGUCAGAGAUCCAACGACAGGACAUUUGCUUCUUAUUCAUGCUGCAGUGGUAUGGCCGAAUUACUCAAAUCACAAUAACGGAAAUGUCGCGCCACCACCGCUUCUGCUUCCGCCACCGCCGCCUUCACUUCAACUACUCAGCGAUAUCGGUGGCGCCAGGCUGGUCCUCACGGAAAGUAAAAGAAAGCAACAGAGUACCCUGCCUAUCGUAAAAAUAGAGGCAGACUGUGGCACCAGUCCUACGACCAUAAUCAAUAACGUUGAAAUUCUAAAUUCUAUAGCGUCGACGGAGUCCACGAAGGCGUUGCAGACCGUGACUUCGAUGACAGGAACUCUAGUGCCAGAUGCACCCCUGGUGACUACGCUUCACUAUUACCCGCAUGCUCCUGCGUUGGUUCAAAUCAGCCAGGCAGAGCCAACGCACUGCAGGUCACAGGCGACCUCGCCGGUCUCGUGUUUGACGCCACCGCCAGAGGUGACGACGAUCCACGCGAUCGAGCCACCGGAAGUGGUGCCGAUCGUCGGAGUGCAGGACGCGUCGAACCAGACGGACGCACCAGAACUGGAGGAUCAAGAGCAACAACAGCAACAGCAGCAACAACAACAACAACAGCAGCAGCAACCGUUGCUCGAGGCGUGCGUUAAACAAGAGCAGAGUAUGAGUCCGUGUCAGCUACAGAACUCGGCGGCCAAUCUCACCACGACUACCACCAACUUAACGAAUCUCACCAACUUCGAGAUCGUUGCUGCGUCGCCGGAGAAGGUGUGCAACGUUGUGCGAAUAACGACGACCACGACUACUGUUAACCCGGCUGUAUGCAACCUAGUCGGUAAAGUGGACAAAGCGGAGAACACUGUCAUUAAUAUGGCAGACUGUCCGAAAUACUCGGUGACGAAGGAGUGCAGGAGCGUGACGUCGAUCGAUCGAACGAUCGAGCAUGUUGUGACGCAACAGAUCGACAGGGAGCACGAUGAUAGAAAUCAUCAGAUAGAAGAGAAGAGCGAGGAACAGUUUACGGAGGACAGGAUGCCGUGUCGGGAUAUCAGGAAUGGCCCGAGGAUCAUCGAAAUCACCGAGGAGAACUGCGACAGUUUCCACGAGAAUCUCGAGUUCUUUGGCAGGAGGAGAGACCAUUCUUUGGAUCGACUUCGAGACAGAAAGAAUAGUUACGUUCACGAGAGUAUGGACGUUGAGAUGGAGGAGGAGAUAGACACGAAGGCUGCUACCGAUAAGAUUGAAAUAUCUGAAACUGAGAGAAGACCUUCCAUUGAGUCGAACAGACCCGCGAAUUCGAUGGAAACGUCAGAAGCAGAUGAAACAAAUAAAUUGUCAGAAAGUAACGGCCAGUCGAGAAUGGAAAUCGACGCGAGUUACGAAAGUUUGGAGAAGAAUCGGGACGAGCGUCCCGAGGCACCACUACCACGUCCCCAGAUCACGGUGAAGUCUUUCGACAUGCCAAGCAUCGACUGCGACGACCAAGUGGCCAAACCGAUCGUGAUCAAGCAAGAGGCCGACGAGACAGCGUACGAUGAUUUUUCCUCGGCUACGGAAAAAUCCAAGUAUCAAGACUCGUGCAAGAGGCACGUGACUGAGAAGAGUCAUCCCGGGAUCGAGAACGUGGUGGAGAAGUUAAAGAAGAACGCAGCGGCCGCUCUUCAAGAAACGACAUUUCAAAAGGUCGACGAUUCCACGGACAAGAGCGUAGAGGAUUUCCGUUCGAGAAGACAUUCGGAGCCAACGCCAACGAGGAGAUUGGAGAACGGCCUGAAGAAACACAUCCUAAAGUCCUGCGAGAACUCUCAAUUCUUGGACAAAUACCCUGACGUGUCCCGAGAGCCUGAGGUGGUGUCGUCGUCGGAGGUGGUGCCAUCGCGAAUUAAAGAUUCUCAGGAUGUUUCUAAUCACGAGCGUGCUUGCGAUUUUUCCAUCAACAAAUACCCUCUGCCCAGGAAAUGUUUCUUGAACCAGAACAGCAAUGACAAGCCGAUCGAACAUGAAGAGAACACCGUGGUGAAGAAAGAGAAAGUUUCCUCGCCCGAGUCGUGCGAAGCGGAGCUGAACUCUACGGACGGUGACGCGUUGGUGUCUGCGAAGCGAAAAUUAGAAGUGCCCAGUCAGGUGAACGCGUACGCCGAAGUUGCGUGCGACGAUGAAACGUCGAAAUCCAGGAACGCGGUCAAUUUCAAACAAAAGCCUGUAGUCGACAUCAGCGGAUUGGAACUGCUGUCGAACAGCAUCGAGCAACUGGAACAGUUGAAGCCUAACACGCAGAUCGUCGGCGCGGCGUCCGAAUUGGAAAGAUCGUCGGUUAGAGCGAACAUGGACAGCCCUUUGGGAUUGUUGUGUGCUCUCGCGGAACAGCGAUUUAUGGAGGAGAUGGGCGACGAGGUCACGUCUAAGUUCAAUUUCGAGAACUCCGAAGAGAUAUCGCACGCCGGCAGGUUGCUGCUGAAUCUGGGCAGGAUGAACAUUCAGGACAAGGAAAUAAAACCGACAGAGAAGAGAAAGUACGAGCAGGGAGAUUUGGAGAACUACAAGAGUCCCAAGAGAUUGAAAAUCAAUGGCGAAUCCGAGAACGAAGACGACGACUCGCUGCGUUAUGAGAAUCGCAAUAAUGGUAAAACGUACGACAAACAAGUACCGGAGGAAUUUAUACUGAAAGUGAAGACGAGGACGAGAAAUACAAGUUUGUCUGAGAAGAAUUGUGUUAAUGACAACGACGAGGACGUUGCUAUGCUGGAAGACGCUCCUCUUGAUAGGGACACUUCUGAAGACAAGAGUUUUGAGCAACACGAGAGACAAUAUCCAAUGAACGGGGCGUAUAGCAAUAAACGAUCUAUCGACGAUCAUUUGACAUCAUCAGAUUUAGACGAAGGGACGAAUAUAUACGAUCGGAAAAUGUCUCCGAGUGAUAAAGCGGUGGAGAAUAACGAAGACAGUGGGGAUGCGAAGAGCAGAAUUUCUAUGGAACAUCGCCACGAUUACAGAAACUUACAAGCGAAAUUGGACGCGAAGAAGUUCUUAGCACGGAAAGGCCACACCGAUAAUAACGGCGACUGGCCUAACAUGGAUGCCUUGGAAUUGCAUAUGAGAGUUCAGUUAGCAGAUAUACAGAGACAGUACAGGGAAAAGCAGAAAGAAUUGUCCAAACUAAUUCCAAAGAGGGACGAGAAGAAAAGUCCUGGACGACCACGUAAGAAAAGCCAUUCUUCUAGUUCUGAUCGUGGACCCAUUGCAUCCCCUUCUACGUUAGAACAGACGCCUUCGCCACAGAAAUCUCCAGCACGAUCUCCGCCUGAAGAAGCUUCGCCACCAGUAACUUCAACUAUUUUAGCUAUGCCAAGAUGUAAUGUAAAUUUGAUAAAAUUGGAUGAGCAGAGAAGUCACAUCAAGUUGUUGGAUAGUAUACCGAGCAUCCCGAUGCCCGUUGCACCGGUUGCUUCACCAAUAUUACCUUCAAGCAAAUCAUCACAGGACGACGAUGAGAAAAGCACUGGACGGCUUGGCUAUGACACGUCUUCACCAGCGCCUACAGUUGCGAGCUCCAGCUCAGCGUCAAAGAAACGAAAAGUCGGCCGCCCAAGGAAAUUAAUGUACACAUCUGGAAGCGUUCGACAUCUCACAGAAACGAUAGUUGCUAAGAAACCUAAGAGCAAAAGUUCUCUGGUCGGCUAUCUUCUCUCUUCGAAGAACAGACAUCUUCAAACGAAAUAUGUGGGAAAAACUGGUUAUACACCACUACCGUUCAAGUCUGCGUUAUCUUCCAUGAAAUCCUCAUCCAAGAGUCACAAACCGCCGAAAUCGAGAUCGAAAUCGAAAUCGAAAUCGAAGUCGAAAUCAAAAAACGCGAAGCAAACUCCUAUGCACAAUAAGAGUGUAAUCAGUUCCAUUAUCGCGGAGAAGGCAAAAUUAUGUCAAGAAAUGAAAUUGCAAUGUAAGAUGAAGCCGAAACUGAAGGCUGAAGCAAAGGUGAAAACCUGGGAGGAUGAUGAAACUACCAGCGUCACUGAGAACAUGUUGCCAGAAACCACUGUGGAGGAACCAGUGAAAGACACCCCAAUCGACGCGACCGAGCUGGUCGAGAAAGAACUGGAAAAGGCGAAGCACGAAAAACCUAAGAAGAAAAAACGCAAAUCCAGUUCUUCGUCCCCGUCACGGCGUAGCAAAUCGAGCGACAAAAAGGAAUCGAAACGCCGCAAGUCGCUCGAAUGUAAAGAAUGUGCAAAGGCUGCCCGUACGGAAAAAACAGAGACCAUCAAUAAAUGCAAAUUAACGUCAGCAUACUUGGCCAUAGACCAACUUAGGGUCUUAACUGCGAUGGGCGGUCUAUUUUACGCCGGAAGACUGAGCGCGGUUCAGGCCCCUGACGUUUAUGCGAUCACAUUAGAUGGUGAACGGGGUAACAGGCCUCACAUCCAUUCCAGGGAGGAGAUCCUGCGAGAUGCGAAUAUGAUCCGAAUCCUCUGUUGACGUUGGGGAAACGUCGGCGACAAAUAUCAGUGUCGACGGAAGAUAAACGUGCUUCGAGUAAUAAUCAACCUUCUACUUCAGCUAACACGAAUAACACGAAUAACAUAGCGGCGGAUGCAACAAACAGUUACGCUUCGACGUCUGCUGACACACAGCCAGUUGAACGACAUAAAUCGGAGGAGGUUGAAGCAAAAGACCUCCUGGAAGAUCAUCGCGAGAGGAAACGAUUGAAGAAGAGAAAAAAAGACAAAUUGAAGAGACUGCAAGAGACGGAAGGAAAACGGAAACAUAAAAGGCACAAGUGUGAAGAACACAGAAAGCAUAAGCACAGGAAACAUCGUAAACAUAAGCACAAGCAUAAUCAUCAUAGCAGCACUAGCGAAGGAAGUUCGCAGAUUAGCAGUGGGGAAAGCUCUAGUAGUCAAAAGAGCGAAGAAGAAUUACCCAAGGAAAUAGUGGCUAAAGAAGAGGAAGAAGAAGAGGAAGAAGAGGAAGAAGUUGAAGAACAACCGACAAUGCAAGAAGAAACCUUAGAAGAAGUCGCAGAAGAAGCUUCAGAGGAAGCUUCAGAAGAAACCUCAGAGGAAGUCCCAAGAGAGAUCUCGGAAGAGGCCUCAGGCGAGGCCUCAGAAGAAACCGUAGAAGAAGGCUCGGAAGAAGUUCCAGAAGAAGCCAGAGAAGAAGUUUUAGAAGCAGUCUCAGAAGAAGCUUCGGAAGAAGUCCCGGAAGCGGCCUUAGAAGAAGUCUCAGAAGAGACAUCGGAAGAGGGCUCAGAAGAAAUCCCGAAAGCGGCGCCAGUGUCCACUCGCGAGUCGAGGAGCAGAAAAUCGAAGCGAAACAGGAAAUCGAAAACGCGAGAACGACAGGAAUUGGUGGAAAGUCGAAGUAAAAUGGCGGCUUUCUUGCCAGCCAGGCAAUUAUGGGAUUGGUCUGGAAAAGGUUACAAAAGACCUGGUGCCAAAGGAAGGGCCAAGAAACAAUUCUUCCGGGCCAUUAAACGUGGCAACGAAACAAUUGAAAUCGGUGAUAGCGCGGUGUUUUUGUCUACUGGCAGACCAGAUAGACCGUACAUCGGACGCAUCGAAUCCAUGUGGGAAACCUCGAAUUCCAAUAUGAUUGUAAAGGUGAAGUGGUUUUAUCACCCCGAGGAGACUGUCAAAUGUCCGAAGAAUUUGAAAUAUCCGGGUGCUCUGUUCGAGUCUCCUCACAUGGACGAGAAUGAUGUGCAAACGAUCUCUCACAAGUGCGAGGUGCUGCCGCUUCACGAAUACACGGAGAAACUGGGGAGAGAACCGCAUCGAUACCUCACCAUCUAUGACAACAACGACAUUUACUAUCUAGCCGGAUAUUACGAUCCCUCCACGCUCCAGUUGACCAUAGAGCCGGGGGUUGUUUGAGAACAGCUUAAGCUGACGAUUAAGUUAACUGGUGUUACUUAAUUGUCGUCAGCCGAUGAAAAAUAUUGCGAAAUUUCACGAAACACAAACGGUGGCGAGUUGGCGCCCACGAUUCGAAGUUGACGCGUUUUCCAGCUAUCGGACGAGCUUGAGAACGAGGAUCGAGAUUAUCUGCGCGGUACGAUCACUUACGUACCUUAGGGACGAACGAAUCGAACGUUCGUUGAACGCCAGAGACAUUAUACUUGUAACAUUUGUGAAAAAAAAAUCAGCGUUUACUCGCUUUUUGAAUUUUUGAAAGACGAUGUGAUCACAUCACACAUUCACGUUUUACGAUUUAAACGGAGUUAAGUGUAUUUUCGAAGUCCACCACAAGGCACAAGCGUUAUUUAUCGUCGCAAUGGACGUUAAAGUUGUUUCCAUUUUACAUCGAUCAUAGUUUUUU